AACCUUAGGGGUGACGAGGAGAUUGGGUUUUAUGCAUGGUGUGGCCUUUUUAUUCUUGAAAGGCCAAGAAAAGAAAAGGAAAAUCUUAAGGAAAUGCAGGUAAUUUCUGGUGUAGUCAACUGAGGAAUUACAGUGAAACGGCUUUGCCAACUGCCACCUAUCACGAACCAGUCUACCACUACACUAUAACAACACUUAAACUUCCAUAUUUUAUUAUUUACUUCUUCCAUGUCUCCCCAAAAAUAGAUCUCCCACAAAGGAAAUCCAAAACCACUAUUAUGGCUUCCCAGGUCGAUGGCACACCCCUCCUGGAAAAUACCCUUUUGCAGGAUGAAGACAGUGGACAGUCACCGUAUGCGGGUGAUGGUUCAGUGGACAUUCGUGGGAGGCCUGUAUUAAAAAAUAAUUCUGGGAAAUGGAGAGCAUGUUCUUUCAUUCUGGGUACUUUUUUCUGUGAACGCCUGGCCUUCUAUGGGAUUUCCACGAAUCUUGUCAGCUAUCUAAUUGAAAAGCUACACAAAGGAAAUGUCUCUGCUGCAAGAAGUGUUACGACUUGGCAAGGCACUUGUUAUCUUACACCUCUAAUUGGAGCAAUCCUAGCAGACACCUACUGGGGUAGAUAUUGGACAAUUGCAGUUUUCACCACAGUUUAUCUAAUUGGAAUAUCUGCCUUAACUCUCUCAGCAUCAGUUCCAUCAUUGAAGCCUGCUGAAUGUAUAGGUUCUGUAUGCCCUUCAGCUACUCCUGCUCAGUAUGCCAUAUUCUUUUUUGGACUCUAUAUGAUUGCACUUGGGACUGGUGGGAUCAAACCAUGUAUUUGGCCUUUCGGGGCAGAUCAGUUUGAUGAUACCGAUCCUAAAGAAAGAGUAAAGAAAGGAAACUAUUUCAACUGGUUUUACUUUUCUCAAAACAUCGGUGCCAUAAUAGCAAGUAGCAUAUUGGUAUGGAUUCAAGACAGGGUUGGCUGGGGCCUAGGAUUUGGAAUCCCCGCAAUGCUUAUUGGCAUUGCUAUUGCAAGUCUGUUCUCAGGCACACUUGUAUACAGAUUACAGAGAGCAGGGGGAAGCCCUUUGACAAGAAUAUGCCAAGUUUUUGUUGCAGCAUUCUAUAAGAGGAGAUUGGAUGCGCCAGAAGAUAGUAGUAUCCUUUAUGAAACGCAAGACAAAAGCUCCAUUAUUAAAGGGAGUCGCAAACUGGAGCAUAGUGACGAACUGAGGUGCCUAGACAAGGCUGCUUUGAUCUCAGAAAGUGAGACUGAAAGUGGGGAUUUCUCUAAUCCCUGGAGGCUUUGCACUGUCACACAGGUGGAGGAACUGAAGAUUUUGAGCCGAAUGCUUCCAAUUUGUGCAACUGGAAUAAUAUUUUCUGCUGUUUUUGCUCAAAUGCCAACCUUGUUUGUGGAACAAGGGAAGAUGAUGGACAAAACUCUGGGGUCUUUCACCAUUCCAGCUGCCUCUAUUUCGCUUUUCAAUCACAUUAGUGUCAUUAUCUUGGUACCGAUCUAUGACAGAGUGAUUGUCCCAAUUGCAAGGAAGUACACAAGGAAAGAAAGAGGCUUCUCACAGUUGCAGCGUAUGGGAAUAGGCCUUUUCAUUUCAAUUCUCUGCAUGUCUGCAGCUGCCAUAGUAGAGAUUAAGCGGCUAGAACUUGCGAGGGAGCUUGGGUUGGUUGACAAGGAUGUUGUUGUACCACUCAGCAUAUUUUGGCAAGUUCCCCAGUAUUUCUUGCUGGGGUCCGCAGAGGUGUUUACUUUCAUUGGGCAACAUGAGUUCUUCUAUGAGCAAGCACCAGAUGCCAUGAGGAGUUUGUGCAGUGCAUUUUCUCUUCUAACAAAUUCUUUAGGGAACUACCUCUGCUCUUUGGUUUUGACUAUUGUGACUUACAUGACAACACAGGGUGGGAAGCCUGGAUGGAUCCCUGAUAACCUGAAUGAAGGUCACCUUGAUUACUUCUUCUGGCUUUUGGCUGGACUCAGUUUCUUAAACAUGUUGGUGUACAUAGCUUUUGCAAGAACAUACAAGGAGAAGAAAACUUCUUGAGGUUCAUCCCUAAGGCUUUGUUUGUACAAUUCAUUAUUAGAAGGCUUUUGGAUCCAUUUCUGAAUAUGUUUACUGUACAUUAUGAAGGUAAAAUUCUUAAGGGUCAAUGGGGGCACAAACUAUUGUUGUAAAGAUGGAGAUUAAUUGUUGUGGUUAUGAUUUGAUCAAUAAUAACUAAUGAUUGUUCUAA